GGGCAAUUCUUCUAACUCUUUGCUGUUUAACAGAUAUUUGCUAAGAUUAUACUUAGUUCUAAACAUCUAUAUGAAACAGUUCGCUCCUGCGUGAAUUACAGAACCAUCCUCUAGUUGAGGAGUUGUUAGAUCAAGUUUCCUCUCUGCGCGAUGCACGGCAACUUUGCUGUAUACGAUGUCAGCGACUCGAGCACAGUCAAAGUCGACGCGUUUAGUAGCAAGAACAAAGCCUUAGUUGACUAUACAGUGGGCAGCACAAAUCUGUGGGAUAUAAGCAGCCCAUGGUAUCGAUGCUCAAAGCUGGAAAUACAAGUAUGCACUGAGUAUAGCAGGAAUAAUUUUAAAGCGAUUUUAAAUAUCUGCUGGCAAUUUCAAGAAUGAAUACAAGGAUCAAGGAACAGCUAUGACAUUUCACUCUUCGUUGAAACUAAUUACAGAAGUGAAAUGGAGGCAGCUUUUGUGUAUUCCAAUGAGGUACCAGUUCUAGCAACCACUGGACUCGGGGUUGAUAUAGCAGGUAUCGAUCCAGACCAUGUACCGUUGAAGCCGAACCUCAAUAACGUGUGCUACGGAGUCGACCUAUGUCAACAUUGUAUCAAAGUUCAAUGACUCUUUCUCAUCAUGCUGACUCGCUUUAAAUCGACCCGAAAUCCUAGUUAUCCAGCACUCGAAUACCGCCGUCGUACCCGUGGAGCAGAAAAUUCAAUAGCAAACAAUGUUGGGAAUCUUUGCUUCUUUGAGCUGCAACAACGCAUUUAAAAUCGAUACGUCGAUAAUGCUCUCAUGACGAAAAUCCUAAGAGACACACGGGAAGCAGAUACUUUGUAAGAAAGAAAACGGCGCGACUGGUGAAUGUUUGGCUAUUCAAUUUAAUAUAAUCAAUAAAAUGCAAUCAAGAUUAUCAG